ACCUCAUAACGUCUUUUGCGAUGACGUCAUCAGUUUAUGUUUAACGAGUGUAUUUACUAAAUUCACAAAUUCCAUUCAUCAAACGUCGCAGUUCGCGGUAGUAUACAAGUUUGUAUACAUUAUAAGUUUUACGUAAAAUAUAUUUAUUUAAUUACGAUACAUUUUCGUACUAUGCAAAUCGCAUAACCUUUUACGCGAAGGAAAGUCAGGCAGACGUUACGUUACUUUUGGCGGCAUUGCACGAAGCCACAGAAAUAGAUUUCCUUGUGCAAUAAAAAAAAAUAACUAUACCGAUUCGCGUACGAGUGGUGUUUGUGUAACUUACAACUUCUUGGAGAAAUUACGUCAAUAUUUGCAAGUAUAUCGUGCAUAGUCGGAGAAAUGUGUGAAAUGUUAUACAAGCGGUGAUAAGUGAUAAAAACGUUGCGUCAGUGAAUCCUCAAUAUGGAGAAUCCAACCGUUAGCGGAUUGCGGUCAAGGUCCCGGUCGAAGACACCUUUCCUGCGUUCCAACUGCGAUGGUGAGAACUGCGCAGACGAUGAGGACCACGCACAUCAUAAGACAGACAGAAAAACACCAGUGAAAAGAAGCACCCCUGUCAAACAACUCAGUCAGCCCGCUACCAAGUUUGUUACUGAGACUAUUGAAGAGAUAGUGGAGUAUUCGUCACCGCCAGCAUACCGCACAAGACAGUCAAUGAAAACAGCUGGUGAGAAACUUGUGAAAACAUCAGACUACUCCUCUGAAGAGAGCUUGGACAGACUAAAGAGCCAUCGGAAGGAGAUAUAUCAGAAUGAGAUCAACAGCCAGUAUGAGCGGGUGUCGUCGAGGUCCUCGCACCACUACAGCUCACUCGGUGACGUCGGCCUCAGUCCGGUCCACACAUCACACAAUGUGACCGCAGAUAGAUCCUCGCGCAUCGGCAGCCCUACAUACAGCGUAUGCUCCACGGACAGCUCGUUCGCGGAGCAGGCGCUCGCUGACACCAGCGCGCUACUCGACAGAGAUCCCCGCGGUGAACACCUGCCGUCCAGGCUUUACAAAAUGGCCGGCGAGUACUGGAACAAAUAUCCAAAGACGGACUACACCUACUCGCCACUGUCCAAGGACCGCGUGGAGCUCGCGCCGGGGCAAGUCGCGGUGCCGAACAUGUCGCGCCGGUCCCUCUCGCAGUUCCGCGUGCAGGGGCCGAACACCAGCCCCGAUGAGGUGGACCGCCUCGCCGCCACCAGCGCGUGGACGGCUACUACAGUCAGGAAACGGUAUACUUCAAUAGACAGUUCAGACGAUGAAAGCGCGUACAUACACAAGAACGCCAUGGCCGACCAGAGGUGGUGGAUCACGCGGAUGCUGAUGACGAUCGUGACCACCAUCACCACAUCCACUAACAAGGCGUAUCGACGCAUCGUGGGACCUUCGCAUCGGUACCCGUACACCGACCGGAGACCUGCGAAAGCUAGUCUUCUGUCGCGGGCGGCGUCGGUGGCGACAGCGCCCUUCUACUGGAUAUACUCGAUCGUGCAGAAAGUGGUCACCACCACUGUUGAGACGAUAACACCGAACCACGUGGGCGAGAGUGAGAAGUAUGGCCGCAGUGUGAAGAAGGCGGCGCCGCGACGCUGGUGGCCCUGGAUGCUCCUGCUGUUGCUGCCUGUUGUUGGAUACGGAUGUUACAACUAUUCUGAUCAAAUUCUGCCUCAAGAAAAGCCCGUCGUAGACAAUUAUAAGCCGCCUCUGAUAAUACAAGAUCCAGAUUUGUCGAAACGAUUGGCUGCUUUAGAAAACUGGGCACUAAGUGUGGAUAAUAGACUUCAGUUCUUCGACCAGAAACUCUCCAAGUUCGACAACAUUGAGGUCAUAAUUGAACACCACUCGCUAAAACAUUUACAACAAAAUCUUAUGCAAAUUUUAACGCGAGACAAUAUAGACGCUAUUGCGGCGCAAUUGAAGUCAUAUUUCGAUAAAAACUACGUAACCAAAGAGCAAUUACAAGCCAUCAAUUUGGAGAUUCAGGAGCAGUUGAUAAACUCCUUGAAGUCAGAUUUGGACGAAGACAAAAUCCGCCAGUUGAUCCAAGAGCAAGUGUCUGCUUUCGAGGCGCGUCAGUUGGAGCUCAUUUCCGACAGAGUGAAUGAUUAUGUGAAGGAAAUAAGAGUGACUAAUAUGGAAUCAAGUCUUGACGUUGAAGAAAUCAAGAAAAUUGUGACCAAUAUGUUGAACGUGUAUGACGCAGACAAAACCGGGCUAGUGGAUUACGCGCUGGAGUCGGCAGGUGGUGAAGUGGUGUCGACAAAGUGCACGGAGCUGUACCAAAUCAAGACGAAACAGUACUCGUUCCUGGGCCUGUUCGCGGUGUGGGUGUACACGUCGCCGCGGUACGCGCUCACGCCCGGCGCCAUGCCCGCCGAGUGCUGGGCCUUCCAAGGAUUCCCGGGAUACUUAGUGGUGCGAACGUAUGCGAUAAUCGAGGUGACCGGUUUUUCCAUCGAACACAUGUCGAAGUUACUCGCCGCCGAGGGGAAGAUCGAGUCGGCGCCCAAAAACUUCACAGUAUACGGCUUACAAGGCGAAUUGGACCCGGAACCGCAUCUGUUCGGUGACUAUAUGUACGACGCGAACGGCACCUCCAUUCAAUACUUCCCGGUGAAGUACCCAAAGACAACCAACAUCGGUGGCGUGGAGUACCCCGUCGCGUAUAAUAUCAUCGAGUUAAGAGUCGAGAGCAACCACGGCAACCCGAACUACACCUGCCUCUACCGAUUUAGGGUUCACGGCAACCCACUAUCAGACAUUCGGAAGGCAACCGAGGACAGUAUAAAAGACAGUGAGACGUAGCACGCGGAGAGAAAGCGCCAAGACGCUACAAUAAAAUUAAAAAUGAUAUUUAUAAAGGAUUUCAAAUUUUGUGACUAUCGACUAAACUUAGUGCACACCAAUGGAUUUUAAAAUAAUAAAAUUGUGUUCAAAUUAGAUCAUUCCUAGACAUAAUCAAUGUAGAUGGUAAGAAUUGUGGCCUUAAUGGAUAUUAAAAAUAUUUUACAAAGUACAAAUAUGUGAACCGUCGACUUACAGAUCAUGUGCUUAUUUUGUUAAACGUGUGUUGUGUAGCUAUACGCGUGAAAUUUUGUAAAUCGUAAUACUUAAGUCUCUCAUAUAUUCGCUUCCCAAACGCAAAUACUAUUUAUAUUAAUGUUAUGUAUUCAGUAUAUCAUUCUAUUCUUGUAACUGUUUCCUUAUAAUAUUAAAAGUAUUAAGCUAUUUGUGACGUCAUCUUUUACACAUUAUCUGUUUACACAUACAGUGAUUGUUAAAUUUCAAAAUAUAUACGUCUAUGUUUCUCUUACCUGCUUUACAGGGUUUUAAAUAUCGAAUGUUUCAAGCCUCAAGGAUUCCGCACGUUUGAUAAUGUUACAUAGAAACAAUCUACGAACACAUUUUACCCUAGUUUUUAACAAUGUAAUGUUAAGAAUCAUUGUAAUUUAUAAAAUUAGAAAUCUCGUUUUAUCACCGCACAACGGUCUUUUUAAAUACGCUUAGUUCUGAUAUCUUUAUUAAAAUAUUUAUAAACAUUUUUAAUGUAUUUUAAGGUUUCUAAUUAAGGUUUUGAUUUUAGAAUAAGGUUUUUUAGUGUUUUACGUUUGAUUCGGAAACGACUGUACAUUUAUCUAACAAUAUUGUUACAUAUUUUAAUAGUUAAACAUUUCUUCACUUGUUACUAAACAAAUUUCGACCUUUAGCCUUUGAUAUAGGAAUAGUUAUACAUUUACAUCUUGUUACCGAAUCAUGUCAUUCGUAUUUUCUAUAAACAUGUCGUUUCCAUAUCGACAGUGCUAAUUUUAACGAAUGUAAUUAGGCAUAGUGAAGGAGCUAGUCCAGUUAGAGUUUAACAAAUUUUAUGCCAAUUAAUUUAAUUUUUUUUUAUUAUCUCGAACAUUUACUGUAAUGGGUGGCUUAGCUGGAGUAAAUUGGAAGGAGCUUGAAAUUUACAGUUUUGCUCACAUUUUGCACGGAUAAAAUCCCUACAGGGGCCUUGUUCUCUAUGCCACACAUUACUUUGACAAUAUGUAACUUUCACGUAACGCGCUAUGUCGCGUUUAAGACAAUAGAAAUUGACAAACAAAAUAUUAUUCCAUACUAAAUUCACAAAGAUAACAACGCGUUCCGAGGUAAAAAUGUAUAGAGAUUAAAGCCCCAGAUCUAAUUUUAGAAAUGAGAUUAAAAAUUCACAAAUGGCUAAAAUGCAAUUAUGGAUUAAUGUGAUGUCAUUGUUCAUCCACAAUUUUAUUAUUAAAAUACAGUUAUUCAAAUGAGGUUUUGACAAAUCAAGCUGAGAUAUUAAUAUAGUGUGUAGAUCCUAUGUUAGGGACUAACUCGUGACGAUCUUAUUAGAGUAUGUAGGUUCACGGCACCGUCAUUUUAGUAUAACACUAACAUUCUCCCUAUUUGUAAUGACUGAAUUGGUCAACAGAUCCUGACUGCGUUUAAUGUGAAACUUUUAGUUGAAUUAUAAGUGAAUGAGUGAAAAAUAUAGACUUAGUUAUAUUGGUUCAAUGAAUUAUUUCAUAACCGAAUAGUUUCAAAUAUUAAUAAGAAUAUGCCAAUUUAUUGUAACUCAUAACUAAGGCGAUAAAAGUCUAAAAAUACAAUAUAAUACAUUUCUGAACAUAUUUUCGAACAUGAGUAUGUUUUUAUAUUGCUAAUGAGCGUCUCAAAUAGUAUUCUGAAUAGUUUUAGUAAUCAGUUCAUUGGCAAGCUGUCUACACAAUAUGAUCAAACUAAUAGAAGUUCAAAGACAAGACGCCAAAAAACGAGUCUGUUUCCUUGUUUACGAAUUGAUGAAUUAUAUGUAUAACUUCAAUGUAUAAAAGUUUUAAUUGCCACAAAUAUAUUUCUAAGUUAAUUUUAUUAUAAUAUUGUAGUUACCACUAACAAUAUACUUGCUUUCUAAAUGCGUUUGUGUCAUUUUACUAUGUUAGCUCUUACCGUAUAUAAAGUAAGUAGAAAAGUAACGAUGAACACAGCAACUACAAAACCUUUUAAAUUGGAUUUUGAAGAAUUUAUUGGUUUUUAUGUAUGUAAAUUAUAAUGAAGUCAUCUAGAGACACUACAAGUAAUAUUUUCAAAGUUGAAUCGUAAUUUUGAAACUGAACUGUCUUAUUGGUACCGGUAAGUGUGGAACGGCGAAGGUAUUAGUGAAUUUGAGUAAACCCCAAAAACUACAUUUAAACAUAAAUAUUAAUUAUCAUUAAAUUCAGUAUAAUAUAUUCAAUGGAAAACAAAUUGCGAGAAAAAGAUACAUUAUUUUUAUUAAAUUUUUUAAAUUUUUCAACCUUCAUUCUUGACAUCAUUUUAAUUUCCAGUCAUUUAUCUUUCAUACUUUCUAUCACUUUUACUACCCUGGCCAGUUUAUAUUGUGACUUUAUUUGUGCUUUUUUUAAGCCACGGGAGUUCAUAUUUUCGCCUACAUUGUAAGAUUAUUAAACACACGAAGAUAAAAAAAAUUGCUAUCCCUUAUAACUAUAAGAGUCCUUCAGAACUCGGUUUUAAUUGCCAGGGAGACACGGUUUGUAAAAAUCAUUGUCAAUAUUUCUUUCUGUACCUUUUAUGUUUGUGCGUGAAGUUUUAUCACUAUUGUUUUUAUUUAAACAGAUUGUCUACAUUUUACAAGUUGUUAACAAUCGUAUUUCUUGUACAGCACUUCUACUAACCAAAAUAUAACUGCUUAAAACUAUGUAAUUAUGUAAAAUUUGUGAUGUUCGAAAUAAACAGUUGUAAAACGAAA